GUGUGUGUGUAGCCGCUGCGCUCUUUGACUCUGCUGGCCUUAUAAGGCAUCCAGUGUCAUGGCAACAGCAGGGCUUGAAUAGCAGUGUCAAAUCCCUCAGCACACAGACACACGCUCGCUCUCCCUAAAGGAGGGAGCGACACAGAGACAAGGCAACCGAGAGAAAGGAGCAGAGAUCUGCAAACUGCUCACUGCAGCAGGGUCUCUCUCAGCGUCUGCUGGUUUGCCUAAUUUAUUCCGAUCCAAUGAGUGGUGGACACUGGCCGGAGCUUCUUAACGCUGUGUGGAAAACACCCACAAAACAAGCGCAAGAUCUUUGUGGAGCUUUCAGAUCUGAUGACAUUUUGACAUCGCAGGAUAUUGUCGACCACAGCAAAACAGAUCCGGAGGACUACUCGAAAGAACUUGGACGGUUCUAAGACCAGAGACAGAACUUCUUGGACUGAGCGAGGACUAUUGUCUUUCCCACUUUUCAAUUUCUCUACAACCGUUAUUGAUUUCUUUUCCUGUCUCACUCCAGCUUGAGUCUGAAAGUAGACGUGUCACUGUCACUGUAAUGCACUGCCGGUGAAAAUUGGAGCUCCUCUUCAUCACUCUCACUUUUGAAUCUUUCAAGUCAAGAGUGAGUCUGGACUAGAAGCACCAUAGAUCAGCAGAUAACACUGCAAGGCAGGAACUGGUUGGACAAGUUUACAAGUUGGAGGAGAGGGCAGGGCAGUUUAACCCUGCCUGAAGGAGAGCUGCAUUUCUUUUCCUCCCACUUGCCCUUCUGCUUGGAAGCAGUGCGCACAGGAACUUUUAGCCGCUGUCCUUCCAAAGGAUCGACUCUUCCGGUGUGAUUACAAUGCAGGAGGUUUGAAGAGGAGGAUCUAUUUCUGCUUUUAGGGGGUGACUUGAGUAGAAAGUGAGUGGGACAGAGAGAGAGAGAGAGACAGGGUGUAAUUUAUUGUUUCCUGUCAGAGGGCAGGCUGCGCCCUUUUUCCCCGCUGGCUGAACUCUGAACCGCAGACUGUGCGCCUGAAGUUUUCUCAGAUCUUCUGAUCCAUUGAUUUGGAGCUCAGGGCAGAGCGGUGCGGGACAAGAAACGUGUGAGCCACGGAGAAAACAAGACCAGGAAGGAACGGAGGGUCAGCCCAGACAGACCACACAGUGGAGAAACGUCACAAAGAAGGAAAAGUAUUCCAGAGGCUCUAUCGAAAGAUUCAACCAAGAGCUCCUGGGCUGUAGCUCUUGAUCAAAUCCACCUCACACGGGUCAUUACGAAGCCAGGGUGGGUCAGUGCAUGAUCCAGUCAACGGGCUGGGUGUCUCAGAAAAUAUGGCCAUGGUGAGUGGGGGAUGGGGUAACCCCAAUGGGGACACAAAUGGACUAGGGGACAAGGUUUACCUCAAAGGAGAGGACGAGGACGGUUCGCCUCAGGCCGGGAGCAGCGACGUGGACGUGGGAGACGAUGACAAGGCCUGCGUGGUGGACUGCGUGGUGUGCGGGGACAAGUCCAGUGGGAAGCAUUACGGCGUGUUCACCUGCGAGGGCUGCAAGAGCUUCUUCAAGAGGAGCAUUAGGCGGAACCUUAAUUAUUCUUGCAGAUCCAAUCGAGAAUGCCAAAUUGACCAGCAUCACCGAAACCAGUGCCAGUACUGUCGACUGAAGAAAUGUUUCCGUGUUGGAAUGCGAAAAGAAGCGGUGCAGCGAGGUCGCAUCCCGCCAUCUCACUCAGGCAUCAGUCCCAACUCACUAGCAGGUCUGGGAAAUGCUGGCCCAGGCCACAUGAGCACAGACUACUUCAACGGGCAGCCAGUGUCCGAACUGAUCACCCAGUUGCUUCGCGCUGAGCCAUACCCAAGCAGUCGGUAUGUUGCUCCCUACAGCCAGCCCCAAAUGCAGUCUGCCAGUGGGGCUUCAGUCAUGGGUAUUGAUAGCAUCUGUGAGCUUGCCGCCCGCCUACUCUUCAGCACCAUCGAAUGGGCCCGAAACAUCCCCUAUUUCCCGGAGCUGCCAGUCUCUGAGCAGGUGGCACUUCUGAGGCUGAGCUGGAGUGAACUGUUCAUCCUGAAUGCUGCUCAGUCAGCUCUACCUCUCCACAUGGCUCCUCUCCUGGCAGCUGCCGGCUUCCAUUCCUCCCCCAUGUCGGCGGAACGGGUGGUGUCUUUCAUGGACCAGGUCCGAGUUUUCCAGGACCAGGUGGACAAACUGAAUCGCCUGCAAGUGGACUCGGCUGAGUACAGCUGCCUCAAAGCCAUCGCUCUUUUCUCACCAGAUGCGUGUGGUUUGACUGACCCUGCCCAUGUGGAGUCCCUCCAGGAGAAGGCCCAAGUCGCGCUGACAGAGUACGAAAGGUUGCAAUACCCAAACCAACCUCAGCGUUUUGGCCGACUCCUGCUGCGCCUCCCUGCACUGCGAGCCGUCCCUGCCAACCUCAUCUCUCAGCUUUUCUUCAUGCGGCUGGUGGGCAAGACUCCCAUCGAGACCCUGAUCCGAGACAUGCAGCUGUCGGGGAGCUCCAUCGGCUGGCCGUACAAUGCAGGACAAUGAAUCCGUUGGCCAGGAGACAGGUCCACUUCACACAAUGAGAAAAUAUCAAUCACCACAACACAAACUGAAUGUUCUCAGUACAACUUGUGUGCUCCACCACAGUUUUGGAUCGUAACCAUUUUUUUCUUGACACACAAGGCGAACAUGACUCUCAAACACAAGGCCUCAGGCCCAUACUACCUCUUUUAAGACUCACUUGAAACUGUGUGUGUGUGUCUUUCCUUUCUGUCACCUUCACUACAGUUGGGGUUUGUUUUCCAACGGCCACGUAACAAUGUCCAUCACAGCAAAGUCCAAGGACCUCUCUGGAAUUCAAACGUAUGACUCCCUCUGCAGUCGUUGUUGCGACUCAGCAAGCGAGCCAGCCGUAACCACUCAUAAAUAACAGAUAUGUUACAGUCUUAAAAUCUUACACGUGUCCUCUUGCUAACAUAACUGAAUAUAGUCAGUGGAUUUUGAGACAGUGAGCUACAUACAGAUGUAAAUCAUUUCAAAAAGGUUGAUAAUGGCUGCUCAUUAUCUUUUCUUUUAUCAUGUCUUGGAUAUUAAGCAAAAGAAGAUAUGAGAAAAAUGUGAGUAAGGUGCACAACGCAUCACAAUGCAUAUCAUUUCCCUAAAUCAACAGUUUGGUCGAAACAGUUGGUCAAUGUUGUCAGGUUACCUGAUGUUGAGCUCACAUUCUGGUGAGGCCACUUGGACAUUUGAUGGCAGGUCGUGGAGGUGAAUUUGAAUCACAGUUUCAUCAGUCAACAUUAAUACCUCAUUUCUUUUUUUCAUUAUAAGACAAAGAUUGUAUUAGAGAUUGUGUUGAGAUAAUUUAAAGAGAGCAGAAUAUAUUUUAAGCACACCAAAAUGAGAACUGACCCACAACAUUUUUUUUCCUUUUUGUUCGUUCCCUAGGUCAAAGAUUGCAGAUAAAAUGAUAUUCUGUUGUUUUGAUGCAAUGUUCUGACAUUGCUCCAGAAAUAAUACAUUUGUUGCCAAAUGACAUAAACAACUAAGUAGGUGAAAGCACAUUUUUGUAUUAUUUUGAAACAAUUUCAUCCGCUUGUUUCCCUUGAGUUGUUAACCGUUAGACUUGAACGUGUAGAGAUGCACACAAGAAUCAUGUUUCUACACUGAAAUGCAAGAGUGCCGAGUGGCUAAUUUUGCAUUCAUGUAAAAUAAAA